UGAAUUGGAUUCGGAAUUAGUUGGCACAGAGCUGGCGUGGUGUGCGGACAGACGGACGGUUUUAUUUCGUACUCAAUAAUUCAUCAAUUGGACAAAUGAAAUGAGUGCCCUCAUAUUUUUGUGCGCUAUUUUAAUUGGAUUUGUGAUCUAUUCACUUAUCAAAUCGGUGCAGCGUCCCAAGAAUUUCCCUCCAGGUCCCCGAUUCUUGCCUUGGCUGGGCAACACGCUGCAGUUCCGUAAGGAGGCACGGGCUGUGGGCGGCCAGCACAUCCUCUUUGGCCAGUGGGCGCAGCGAUACCAGAGCCAGUUGCUGGGACUGAAGCUAGGUCAGGAGUACGUGGUGGUGGCCCUUGGGCACGAGAUGGUGCGCGAGGUGCAGUUGCAGGAGGUCUUUGAGGGGAGGCCGGACAACUUCUUUCUGCGGCUGCGGACGAUGGGAACGAGGAAGGGUAUAACCUUCACGGACGGGAAACUCUGGUACGAGCACCGCAACUUUGCCAUGAAGCAGAUGCGCCACGUCGGCUACGGACGUAGUCAGAUGGAGAGCCACAUUGAGCGGGAGGCGGAGGAGCUUCUGUUGCAGCUGGGCCGGACUGAGGAGGCACCCAUAGAGCCGGUGACAUGGUUGGCCCACGGUGUGCUCAAUGUGCUGUGGUGCCUCAUAGCCGGAAAGAGGAUCGCCAGCGAGGGGAACAGCAUGCUGCAGAGGUUGCUGGACCUGAUGAAUCGUCGCUCCAAGCUGUUCGAUGUCUGUGGGGGGCUACUCGCGCAGUUCCCCUGGCUGCGGCAUGUGGCCCCCGAUCGCACCGGCUACAAUCUCAUCCGACAGCUCAACACAGAGCUCUACGGCUUCUUCAUGGAUACCAUAGCGGAUCACAGACGGCAGCUGGAGAAGGCGUCGGACAAUGAGCCGGUGGAGAGUGACCUGAUCUAUGCCUAUCUGCAGGAGAUGCGGGACCAGAGUUCGGAUAGUGAGAGCAGUAGCUUCAACGAAACCCAGCUGGUGAUGACCAUUUUGGACUUUUUCAUUGCCGGCUCCCAAACCACCAGCAACACCAUCAACCUGGCUCUCAUGGUGCUGGCCAUGAGAUCGGAUGUCCAGGAGAAGCUGUUCGCCGAGGUCUCGGCCAACGUCAACUCCGCCAAAUCAGACGCCUUUCCCCAUCUCAGUCGGCGGGAAUCCUUUGACUACAUGGACGCUUUCAUUAUGGAAGUGCAGCGUUUCUUCCACAUCACACCCAUCACGGGACCCCGUCGUGCCCUCUGGCCCACACAGCUGGGAGGCUACGACAUUCCCAAGAAUGCCACCAUUCUGAUUAACUUGCGUUCGGUGCAUCUUGACGAGAAGCACUGGGUGGAUCCGUUGCAGUUUCGGCCAGAGCGCUUCAUCGAUGUGGGUGGCAAGUGCUUCAAGGAUGAGUUUUUCAUGCCCUUCGGAAUAGGCAGACGCCGCUGUCUGGGCGAUGCCUUAGCUCGUGCAUGCAUCUUCUCCUUUCUGGUUAGGAUAGUACAGCACUUUUGCAUUGUUCUGCCGCCAGGAGAGACACCAUCGAUGGUACUGCUGCCCGGAAUCACGCUCACGCCAAAGCCCUACAAAGUAAAGUUCGUAAAGCGUUCCUAAGAAUGGUUAGAUCUUGGUAAUCAGGUAGGGUGUUGGGUAUACAUUUCCACAUUAUACAUAUGUAUGUAAAAUAAUCUUAAGGUUAUUCAGAAAAAUAACCAGAGAUAGUAUGCCGAUCAGGUGUGGUUCUGGUCUGGUCUGGUUUUUUUAUUUUUUUUAUUAAAGUGUCCUCUACAUUAAACUAAAAUCUUCAUAAUUUAAACAAUUUGUGUAACAAAAUUGAAAUUAAAUAAAAACCAUAUUAUCAUCGUUA